UCACGCUUGGCCCCUCAGCGGUGCAGCUCCCCGCACCGGGGCAGGCGAGGCGGCAGCAGCGGCGCUGUCAGCCGCUGCUCCCGCCGGGGCCCGCUCGUUGGGGGUUGCGACGCGCAGCGGGCAGGUCCCCACGCAGAGUCAGCACCAGGAACAGCUCCCAAGUGCCCCUUGCGCCGGGGGAGGCCGGUUCUCCGCCUUCAUCCCCCUUCGGAGGGGGCGGGGCGAAAAUAAGGGAGGCGGAACGAAGGGAAGGGGGCGGUGCUCUCCGGUUGCCCGGGUUACAGAGGGACGCAGGGCCUGCGUGCGGCGGCCGUUGUGUCUCUCUGCCCCCGUCCCGCCGCAAUUCGCUCAACUCUUAGAUAACUUAUGGCUUCACAAGACGAGAAACAAACUCAGCCCUUUGCAGACAUCUUUGAUGAAGAUGAAGCUGAAAAAUCCUUUCUGUUGUCCAAGCCCACUUGCUUAAUUGUCCUUGGAAAGCCAGGCUCUGGAAAGAAAACAUUAGCUAGAAGGCUAGCACAAAUGUGGAAAUGCAUUUGCAUAGAAGCUUCAGAAGUAAUUCAAACAAAUAUUAAUGAAGAAACAGAAUAUGGGCUUAAGUGUCAAGAAUUACUUUUUAAAGGUCAAAAUAUUUCUGAAGAACUGGUUACAGAAAUGAUUCUGAAAAAGAUUGAGUCACCAGAAGUUGCUCAUUUUGGUUAUGUUCUUAGUGGAUUUCCUUCUCUCUCAGAGGAAUACAUGACUGUUCCACAGCAAAUAGAAAAAAUAAAGAAUCUGAAACUAAAACCAGAUGUCCUGAUUAACAUUAAGUGUUCAGACUAUGACUUAUGCCAAAGAAUAUCAGGACAAAGGCAACACCCUGAUUCAGGGCAGGUAUAUCAGAGGAACCAGUGGGAUCCUGAUGUUAUUGCAAAGCAUAAGAAAAAGGAAGUUCAGCCUGACGAAGACAAUGAAGAGGAAGAUGAAGAGCAGGAAGAAGAGAUUGCAGAAGAUACACUUAGGACGUCAGAAUUUCUGAAUCAAUUAGUACAGAGGCCUGAAGAUAUUAUAGAAAAUGCAGAGGAGAGACUUGGAACGUAUAAGGAUAUAAUGCUUCGUCCUUUAGAAGACUUGAUGGCUGAACAGGAUUGUCAAUAUCUUUUUGAACUGGAUGGAAAUCAGCAACCAGAUGAUCUCUUUGCAUCAGUGGUAGUUCGACUUCAAUCUCUGGGUGUUCAAAAUGGAGCUCCUAUAACUAGACUUCAAAGUCAGGAAGAAGAAAUGCUGGAGACACUGGAAAAUGAUGAACUUCUCCGGGUUCUGUCAUCUUACAAACUGAUAGCACCCAGAUACCGAUGGCGUAGAAGCAGGUGGGGGCGGGCAUGUCCUGUGGCUCUAAAGGAAGGUGAUAUUGUAAUGGGAAGCCCAGAUUUGGCUGUCAGUUUUCUAGGUAAAAUGUAUGUACUGUCAUCCCCAGAGGCACUGAAAACAUUUAUGUUGAAUCCACGGCCUUACCUGUUACCACCAAUGCCGCUUCCUCCUUGUAAAGUACUGGUAUUUGGUCCUCCAUUGUCGGGAAGAACAACUAUUUGUAACCUAAUUGCACACAAAUAUAAAGGAAAGGUUCUUGAUAUGGACGAACUCAUUCAACCCCAUAUGGAAGAAUCAAGAAAAGAAAACAUUGAGCAAGUGCGAAGGGAUAUGGUAGAAAAGGCUAUAACAGCAGUGAAAGAAAGGUUGGAAUUAGAAAAACAGUCAGGAGAAUCAGAAGACUUGCAAGAACAUAGUAGUGUGAAAGAAGCAGACGAUUCUGAGGAAACACCUAAAACCAGCGAGGAAAGAAGCUUGGAAGAGGAGAGUACUAUAGAAUCUGCCAUCAUUGAAAAACGAAUGUCAGAGGUAACCGCUGACCACCCAGAAGUUCAAGCGAUGGUAGAAGAAGCUGUAAAAAAUGCAUCAGUCUCCAAAGUUACAGUGUCACCUGAAAUAUAUGCUGAAGUACUGGAGAGAGCUAUUGCAGAGCUUAUGAAGACGAACAGAGACAGGUUCCCUGGUGCUCCAGAAAAAGGAGGGUGGGUAGUGGAUAACUACCCUCUGUCAGCAGAUCACUGGUCAGCUUUAUCAGAAAAAGGACUUUUACCUGACACGGUUGUCUGUCUGAAGAAUACAGAAAAAGAUGGAGCCUGUAUACUACACAGAGCAUACUUAGAAAAUAGGGAUGAACUUGAUCCUAAAAUUUUGAAAAGACUAACAGAUGAAGCAUUACAAAAGAAAGAAGAAGAAGAAGAAGAAGGAGAAGAAAGAGGAGGAGAAGAAGAAAGAGGAGGAGAAGAAGAAAGAGGAGGAGAAGAAGAAAAAGGUGAAGAAGAAGAAGAAGGAGAAGAAGAAGAAAGGAGAAAAAUGCAAGAAAUACCGACAACAGAGGAAGAACCAUCUUCAGAGGCUGCUGAGGAGAGAGAAUUUGAGGACAAUAAUGAGCAGCUUCCACCUGAAACUGAACAAACGCUCCAGAAAAAGCCUGGUGAUUCUGCAGAUUACAAAGAAGAAUCUAAUCCUACAGAAAUCAUACUGCCUGAGUUUGCAGAGGAUGAUCUUCCAGGUCUACCAGAAAUGGAAAUAUUUAAAGGGAAGAUUGACCUUUUUCUAAAUGACUGGCAAACAGUGGAGUCAGAAAUCAAGUCAUCUCGAGUUCAGAUUGUUGCUUUAGAGAUUGCUGGGCAAACUCCAGAAAAUCUGCUUAAUCAAAGUGUGCUGGGUAUGGAAAAACCUCUUAGAUAUAAUGGUUGGGAAUUAACUGCUGAAGACUUAGAAGAGGAAGCAGAAGAUCUGGCUGCUGAAGUGGAAGAAGAAGAAGUUGAAGAAGAGGAAAAUGAAGAAGAUGAAGAAAAAACUAAGGAAAAGAAAAGGCACAUGGGAGACACAAAACACUUUUGUCCAGUCUAUCUGAAAGAGAAUUUUAUCCUUUACCCAGGACUCGAUGAAUAUGCAGCUAAAUAUAAAGAAAAGUUUUAUUACUUUUCAACUUCUGAGUACAGAGAUAAAUUUUUGGAGAACCCUGAGGAGUAUGUGGCUCACAAUGAACCAAUACAAGCUCCUCCUUUACGGGUGUGCUUACUUGGGACUCAUGGAGCGGGUAAAACUACUUGUGCACGACAGAUAGCAAACAAAUUAGGCAUUUUCCAUAUUCAGUUUGAAGAAUAUCUACAGGAAUUGAUCCUACCCAAAACUAAAGUGAAAGUGGGGCAGGAUGUUGAUGAAGAACCUGAAGAUGAUGGCAAUAAAAUGCCAGUCCUACCACAGGAACUGGAAGACUUCUCCCAGACCAUAACUGAAACUGAGACUGAAAAAAGCAAAAAGGAACUGGAGUUAACUGAAGAGGAAGAAGCAAUCAAAGCAAAUCUAGUGGAUAAUCAGGAACUGCCUCCAGAAGUCCUUGAUAACAUUGUUCCUGACUGGUGGAGGAAAGAGCCGUUCCGGUCUACAGGAUUCAUAUUGGAUGGUUUCCCUCGUACUCCAGAUGAGGCCCAGUAUUUGUCAGAACGAGGACUCUGUCCUGAUGUUGCGGUUUAUAUUCAAGUAGAAGAAAGUGAUGUUCUUGACCGCUUUCUUCCUCCACGUCUGCAAAAAUGGAAAGAAAGACAACAUAAAAAAAUGGAAAAAAAAAAGAAACUGAAAGACCUGAAAGCAAAAAUAAGGGAUGAGCAGAUUGCUAGAAGAAGAGAAGAACUUUUAGCAGAACAAAGGCAAAAGAAACAGGAGGCUUUAGCAAAUAAGGAGCAUUCUGAAGACACUGAGGAAGAAGAUGAGAAUGAAAAUGAAGAUAUUGAAGCUAUACUUGAAGAAGAGUUUUUUGAAGAAGAAGAAGAAGAGUCCGAAGAAGAACAGGAGGCUGAUGCCAUUGACCGCAUCCAAAACGAAAUUUCAGAGAAGUUUGUUUCAGAAACAGAGGGUUUACAAGGUGUACAGGAAGAAUUUGAAAAAUUGUUAAUACCGCAAAUUGAGAUCAAUGGAGGACGGAAGCCUCGCAUUGUGCGCUACCAAAUAUAUAGCAAGCUGAAUUCUCUAGUGGAAAAUCGUGAAAGCAUUUUUGAGAAAUGUUACCCAAUAAGUUUGCCUGUUGCACAGAAGAUGCUAGCUUGCUCAUAUAAAUUUCCAAGUUCUUUUGGUCGGUGGGAUCCAGUCAAGCUAAGUGAAGGAGAAGUAAUCAAGCCACAAGAAAGCCAUGAAAGCAGUGUCUUUCCUGUAAUCCAUCGACAAUACAUUUAUUUCUUUUCAAGUAAAGAAAAUAAAGAAACAUUUAUGAAAAAUCCCAUCAAAUAUAUUUGUCAGCCAAAAGCUAAACCAGCUGUGCCAGUUAAGAUUGCAAUCGUGGGACCUCCAAAAUCAGGAAAGACUACAGUUGCCAAGAAGUUUGCAAGUGUGUAUGGGUUACAGCGCCUGAGUAUGGGACAGGCCAUACGGCUGGUGUUAAACCAGCAGCCAGAGAGCGAGUUGGCACUUGCGCUGAAUCAGCAUCUUCACAAAGGACAGAGCGUACCUGAUGAACUGGCCAUCCAGGCUCUCGAUGUGGCUCUGAUGAAUCCUGUGUGUAACACCACUGGAGUUGUGAUUGAUGGAUAUCCUGUAACAAAAAAACAAGUACAGCUCUUGGAAUCAGCAAGGAUAAUUCCAGCAAAAAUCUUUGAAUUAGAUAUGGAUGCAAAGGAAGUGUUCAGAAGAGCCAUGUUGGAUAAGGAAAGCAUGGACAGACCUCCCUACCCUGAACAUGACAGCUCACAGAUUCUAGCUAUUAAAAAUUCCUGCUAUAAACAGCACAUUGACGCAAUUAGGACUUACUAUAAGAAGGAGCAUCAGAACUGGUGUGUGAUUGAUGCUUUUCAGAGCAAGUGGUGGAUCUGGAACAAAGUACUACAGGAAGUUCAAGUGGGUGUUAAAAAAAUUCAAAUAUACCUGGAAAAAAGAAGAGCAGGAAAAGCAGCCAGCAUUGCUGAUUUAUGUAUCGCUCCUGAAGAGCUGCGGCAUCGGCUGGGGGAGUUUGGGCAGUACUGCCCCGUCAGCCUUGCAGAAAAGGGUGAAUUGGUUGACUGCUCCGUAACGUCGUCACUACAGUUUGCUGCAGAAUUUCGAGGACACUAUUACAAAAUGGCUUCACAGGAAGAACUGGACAAAUUCUUGAGCAGACCAGAGGUUUAUGUGCCACCACUGGCACCUCGCCCUCUCCCAGACAUGCUGCCGAAGAGACUGACUGUGGCAGACGUGAAGGCCUUAUUCCCUCUGAGCGCUGAAAUGCAGGGAUACUGUCCCGUCACUUACCUAGAUGGAAAACAGAGAUAUGAAGCUCUGGUGCCUGGCAACAUUGAGUAUGCAGCAAAAUAUCAAGAUAAGGUAUACAUUUUUGAAAGCGAAGAAAAACUUCUCAAGUUUAUGAGGUUACCAGAGAAGUACUGGAAUCUGAAGCUGCCACAUAAACUCCCUCCAAUAAAGGAGCCAAUAGUACUCACUGCACUUCCUUUAUGUGGAUACCUUGAACAGGGAGUAGCAGCUUCUCUGAUAAAAGCUCUGAAUGAAGUAGGCUGCUUAAAGCCAAAAUUUCCUUUCCUAAGUGUAAAAGAAACUGCUCUGCUGUUUGUCGCCUGCCAUUUAAAAGCGCACAACCCCCGGAGCUCGGAGCCGGUGCGGCAGAUGUACCGGCGGCAGCUGGCGCAGUUCCUGGAGCGCUGCCAGCUCCUGCCCUACCUGGGGGCGGCCAUGGCGGGGCCGUACCGGGAGCCGCGGCGCAGGCCCCCCGGGCUGGACGACAGGCUGCGGGCGUUCCUGUCCCUGCAGGGCGCCAGCCCCGGCUUCGGGUAGCGCCGGCUGCGCGCCGCCGCCACCGGGCGCCUCCUCUGGGUAACCACGGAGCGCGGCUGCGGAACAACGCCACGCUUCCUACGAGCAGCUUCUCAGACACAAAAUGUUCAAAUUAAAACAACUUUAAGUCUUGAGUCCCGCUUCGUGUAACGCUUAUCGCUCAGCGCGCGACACGCGGGAAGAGCGAGCGCUGACGCCGCUUGCCCCGCCCGCGGCACGUCAUACACUGCUCUGUACGUCACGACGCAAGGCGCGCCGCUGCCGCCCGGAAGUGCGGUGGCGACUGCGCAGAGCGGGGCUGGCGGCGGAGCGGUAAGCGUGCCCGUUUGGAUUUUGCAGUCCAAAUAAUAAUGAUGUCGCCUUGUGAUCAAAUACCAAAGUCCUUCACGUGACGCAGAGCCACAGAGCAGCCGCUGCCCCGCCUGAGACAAGCGUGGGUUCAGGGAAUGCCGGCGGGCAGGGCUGGCAGCCGUCCCUCGGGAGUUCCUGCCAUCCGGUGCCACGCAGGGCUGGCUCACACCCCCAGCCCGGCUUUAAGGUGCUCCAGCAACACCGCGCUCGCGUCCUCCGGAAAUUAAAGCUCACAGAUAAAACAAUUUGGCUCCAGCCUGAACUGUUUGAUAGCUGAAUGAGGCUAAAAGAGACUUUUUGGACAUCUCAGUAGGAUUUAGGUAUCAUCUGUGUGUAGUGUGUUGUUUUUUACAGCCUUCCUUCAGGUGAUUGGAACUGCUGUGCUUGCUAAAUGCAAAUAUGAAUAUUUGUAUUUCAUAUGAUAGUUUUAUAAAUUAGGAUCCUGGGAAGCUGAUCUGUUUCGCUUCUGGCUCGGCUGAUCCUUUUGAAAUGGAUAUUUUUGGCAGAUCUCUACUGUAGUCAACCCUAUUUUUAGACAGGGCUCUUGGAAAAAGCUGCAGUUUUUAUGCUUGUAUUGCCCAGCUUCAUAGGCUGAAGCUUAGCAGGUAAAUGUUCCAAAAGACAAAUUUUCAGAAGGAAUAGAAGUGAGUAAAAGAAGGCAUGGAGUCCUGCCAUACCAAUGCCAGUGAAGUUUUAUAAUUGAUUACAUGAUUUCAUCCCUGAAUAAUAUGAAAUGUGGCAUCUGCAGUGAUGAGGCUGCAGUUGACCUUUUUUAUUAUUAUUUGUUACCAGUGGCAAUGAACAAAGAGCUCUUUUUGUCUGAUUGUUUUAGUUGUGAAAGGAGUUUUCAGAAGGGGCAGUGAGGUUUGUUUUGUUUUUUUCAGAUGCUGUACAGUUCCCAGUACAUCAGAGAUAAACAAGUGAGAUAAUAGACAGUAACUCGGAUCCAAGAAGAAACCAUCUGCAGCCAUUUCUUAGAAUUUAAAAACACUUUUUUAAGAUAAUCUAUGGCAGCAUUAUUGCUGAUUUUUUUUAAAGAAAGUUCAGAGGCUUCAGAAUUGCUUCGGAAUUGCUUUAGAAGCCCUUUGGUAAAGCAAAUUAUAUUUAAUGUCUUAUCAUGCAGACUUCUAAAAUACUUCUUUAUUAAAGCUGUUCUGAUCUUGUAGGCACCUCCUUUGAUAUUUUUCAAUUAAAAUGGCAGAAACAACUUCUGAUGCUUCUGAGAAACUGGUCGUCAUCCAGUCCAAAGCUCACAAAGAUAUCAUUCUAGCUAAUUUUGAAGAACAAAGGAAAAA